AUGAGUUCUGCAAUAGUCAGGAAAAGAAAAUACAUAUUUAUUAAAGAUGAUUCAUUUACGUACGUUUACAAGAAAGAGGUGCAUAAGAUGAGUUUUCUUAAGUGUAUAAAAAAUGCUCUCAAGCCUAGUUCAAGAAAAUGGGAAGCUAGACCUAGAAUGACACCAUUACCAAAACAUACUUUACAAUAUCUUCCUGAGAUUUCAUACUAUUGUAAUCUUUUUGAACCAGUUAGUAGGAACCUACUUAUCGAGCUGGAAGAAGAAGAUGGAACUUUCUUCGAGGAAAAUGAAGGGGAUGAAAAAUCAGAUUUGACAAUGGUCGAGACAGCAGAGGAAACACACAGAGGUAAUUCAUACACCGUUGCUCGAAGUUGUGAUCCAAAAGAAACGUUUGAUGAAAAUAACUCCGAAUUAAUCCAAAAUAAAGAUCUGCAAAGCGUUAAAUAUUCAGGGAAGAACUUAAACCUUCUAGCUUCUGCAGGUGAGGAUGUUUAUAUGCAGACAGAAAUUAUGAAUAAAAUAAGGGAGUUCGAUCAAAAUUCACAGAAAGAAAAAUGGGGCAAACUUUUUGAAAGGUGCUCUUUUUACUGUCAACCAAACUGCCCUAUAACGGAAAGCAGCACUACCAUUGUGAAUUUAUCCAAUAACAACGAAAACCAGUGUGAACAAGAUGGGGGAGAUAAACCUUUUGCAAAGGAGGAAAACAUUCCUGAGAUGGAAGAUGAACACAGAAGCAUAAGAUUUGCAGCGGGGUGUGAAAAAAUGAUUUUUGAUAAAAACGAAAGUUGCGAAUCAUUUAAAGACUCCGUUAAGCUCUUCAUGUCCAACAAACAAGCUCAAGAGAGUAUUAAAUUGCACCCAAAAUCCUGCCUUAAAAAGAGGGAAAACAUGAACUACACCGUUGAAUCACUGCGUGCAAAAGGGUGCGACCUGGUUGAAGUAGAGGAGUUUGAAAGACUUGCAGAUAGGUAUGAUGAAGAGAAGUCCACCUUACAACGAACAUUUUCCUGUUAUAGAUUGAGACAGGUCUCAACUUAUCACCUAAUGAACGACGACUUGAGGAAGAAUUCAGGUCAUAUCACAGAAGAAACAGGAAACUUGGAUAAUACAUUUUUGGGGUACAAAGAAGAAGAAAAUGAACCAUGA